AUGGAUAUAUUCGAUGAGCAACGAGACCUCUAUGCUUUGAAACAGUUGGUAAAUUUGGAUAUAUGCACGAAAAAAGCUGACGCUGAUGUUAUGGAUAAUGACAGCAGCCAAUCAAAGAGCAAUCUAACGAAUUUUUUCAGAACAAGAUCCAGUAUUUAUGUCCGUCAAAGCUGCAGCAUUAAAUGUUGGUGCUAA